AUGGCAUGGCCACCUCCCUGCUGGCUGUGCAUUCUGGGGAUGCUGGCGGGGCUCUCAGCUACGCCAGCCCCCAAGAACUGUCCACAGAAGCACUACUGGGCCGAGGCAGGACUGUGCUGCCCAAUGUGUGAGCCAGGAACGUUCCUCGUGAAGGACUGCGACCAGCACAGUAAGACUGCUCAGUGUGAUCUGUGUACGCCAGGGAUCUCCUUCUCUCCAGAUCACCACACCCGGCGCCAUUGUGAGAGCUGUCGGCACUGUAACUUUGGUCUUCUCAUUCGCAACUGCACCAUCACUGCCAAUGCCGAGUGUGCCUGCCCCAAUGGCUGGCAAUGCAGGGACAAGGAAUGUACUGACUGUGAUCUUCCUCCAAGCCCCCUGCUGACCACUCAUCCAUCUCAGGCCCCAGGCCCACACCCACCACCCAUCCACUUACCUUAUGCUGAAAAGAUACCAGAGGCCAGGACAGUCAGGCACGUGCAGACUCUGACUGACUUCAGGCAGCUGUCUGCUUCAAGUCUCUCUACCCACUGGCCACCCCAAAGAUCCCUGUACAACUCAGAUUGUAUCCGCAUCUUUGUGAUCCUUUCCGGAAUGUUUCUUGCUUUCACCCUGGGCGGAGCCCUGUUCCUCCAUCAACAAAGAAAACACGGAUCAAACAAAGGAGAAAAUCCAGUGGAGGCUGCAGAGCCUUGUCCCUACAGCUGCCCCAGGGAGGAGGAGGGCAGUGCCAUCCCCAUCCAGGAGGAUUACCGAAAACCAGAGCCGGCUUUCUGCCCCUGA